AUGGCGUCCAACUCCGACUAUUGCCUGUGCACAAUCUGCGGCAUGAAUCUGGACCCCCCUGAUUGGCAAAGUCUGGUCAUUUGCCUGUCUGGCCCGCAUUGGCCUGACCAUCAACCUAAGUCCUUAGACCUGUCCGGCGAUGCGGUUCGUCGUUUCCAUGCUCAUGUAGACGCAUAUCCCGGGCGGCUAGAGCUUGUCCCAGAUAGUCGACGAGUGAUACCGCAGUUCGAAUACGAACUCGAAAACUCUGACAUGUUGGCAGAGCUUGCUCCCUGCAAGAUAUUCAUUGGGAUACACCCUGCCUGUGAAGACUUGGCCAAUCGCGUCAUGAGAACCUCGUUUACUUCUCGAGUCCGUUCGAUCGGAGACCUUUGGAUGACCCUGGAACGCCGCUGUGCUCGACAUGAAUGGGGACCAUGGCAUAAUCCUUCAUUCAACUUCCUCCCUUACAUACCAAAAUCCCAGCCUGGUGAACCAUUGUCGUUUGGGGCCGAUCGUUACUAUGUUCCCUUUUCCUGCAUAGUCAACUUUGGAGAUGAAUGGGAAGGAUGGUGGGACCAUGACCCAAUCAACAUUCCCGACUUGACGACCCAGCUCCUCUCGAACCUGGAGCCAAUCAGUCGGGCCAGCAGUCCUUUUCCGCCUAGUAAGCUAGUACAAGACUUCAAGGGCCGUCUCAGGGCAUUGCCACCAGAGAUUAAGAAUGAGCUUAUUCCCUGGUUCCAGAAGGGUACUAUUUCUCUCGACUGCAACUACAUAAUGCCUCAGUCUCUGUGGAAGCAGGUAUUCUUUCAAACCCCGUUUCUUUGGGAUCUCGAUACAGAACUAGUACUCGACAAGAUUUGCUCGGAACCGUCGGAAAUAGAGGAGUGGAACUGGGAAAAGCUUACUCGGCAGAUUUUGAGUCCUGCACAGCCUUCAACCCGUGAAUAUGAAGGGGACAAGAACGGCUAUGUGUGGAGCCACGAGACGAUUGGGCUGCAUGUUCCCCCUGGUUUUACCAAUCGCCGACGAAUCUGGCAGAUUCUUGAGGAAAUGUGGCCAAAUGAUGUAGAUGCACUGAAAGAGUUCGAGGUGUGGACAGGUGAUGAGGCAGACUACGAAACAGAUGACGAAGAGUUCGACCGGGAUAUAUGGUGGGACGAUGAGUGGAUAGAAUUGAAUUUGUGGCCAGAUCUGGAUUGA